AUGCGAGUGACUAAGGGCUGUGCUCGCUGCCGGCAUCGUCACGCCCGCUGCGUGGUACCGGUCGGUGCCUCGUCCUGCUCGGGCUGUGCGCGUCUGGGCCGGCCAUGUCACCUCGAGCCGCGGUUCCACUUCAAGCCUGUGCGCCAUAUAUACCAGCAGUGUAAUAAUGCUCCAACACGCUUCGAUCUCGUCUGGGAUGAGCAGCAGGUUUGGGUAGGAGCUUCAAGGCCAGUGACCUUUGUAUGCGAGACCGACGACUUCACGGGCGAACGAUUUGAGUCGGAUGACAGGGACCAGGACGUCGAGCAGCAAUAUUCCCCGCCGAGUCAAAACCAGCCUACGCCUCCAGACCCAAUUGAAUUCAAUUCGACUGACAAUUUCACACGUAAACAAUUCGAGCUAGAGGACAGGAACCAGGAUCUCGAGCAGUCAUAUUCCCCGCCGGGUCAAAACCAUACCACGCCUCCAGAUCCACCUGAAUUUAACCAGAAUCUCGAGCAGUCAUAUUCCCCGCCGGGCCAAAACCAUACCACGCCUCCAGAUCCAACUGAAUUCAAUCCCACCGACGACUCAUCAAAUCACUCUCCAGUUUCUGGAACAAAUGAUGUCUCCUCGCCAAGCCCGCGGGAGGCAUACUUGAUCCGCUCCUACAUCCAGAAGAUCGCGGCAGUGGCAGAUAUAUGCGAACCCCGGGCUUACUUCAGUACUGAGCUUCCACGCCGAGCACUCGAAGAACCAAUGCUGCUGAAAGCCCUCCUAGCACUUGCUGCUCGGCAUGAUGCCAUAUUAACAGAUGGAAAUGAAUCUGAAGCAUCAAUAUUCCACGGGGAGUGUCUACAGCUGCUUAUUGUUGCCCUAAACCAACCGGAGGAGAACUAUGACGACAAUCUUCUCGCCACCGUGGUUGUACUUCGCUUCUACGAAGAGUUGGAAAGGACAGCCGACACGAAAUGCCACCUUCUUGGGUCCAACCGCCUACUAAACCUAAUGUCUCGGUCUGCGUCGUCUGGAGGAUUAGCCGAAGCAUUGGAUCUACGAAAUUACGAGCGUUCCUCGGUCUUCCACCGCGAUGACGAUGCCGCCCGCGCGAAUGUCAUCAUCUUUUUCUGUGCAUGCAUACUUCAGCUAUGCUGCACUGUGCCAGGGUACGCCGUUGACAGGAAAAGCUGGCGGCGCCUGGCAGACUGUGUGGAGGAGUGGCACUGCAAUAAGCCGAGGAGCUGGCAACCACUUCGAUAUCAGGCGCACGUUUUGUCCGAUGAUCAACCGUUUCCUGAACUGUGGAUCCUGUCACCCCCUGCCGUGGUCGGUUUGCAGUAUUAUCACGCUUCCAAAAUAUUUCUCACCCUGUCGGAUGCACCAUCACAGCGGAUGACGGAUUAUGAAAUGUCGCAAGCGCGACUCAUCGCAGAGGUCUGCUCCAGACAUACUCCCUGGUAUCCUUCAUCGCUGAUCUCCGAGGUAGAAAACGGUGGCGAGUCAUCUCGUGAUGGCCAUCGGACUGUGUUUGUCGAAUGA